AUGAUGAUGCCGCUGAGACCUUCCAAAAGUGCUCUGCGCACAGUUCAUCUCCAGAGGCAUCUUGCCUCGGGGAAACGGUCCUUCUCAACUUCAUUUGUGGCGGCCUCGCCCCAUCGCUCUUCUCUUCAGAAGCGUGGACAGAGCACUGCAACGGCUCCUACCUCGGAUUUUAGGCCUAGGCCGAGUCCGGCUUUCAACCAAGAACCUCACCGCAAUGAAAUCUCUCCUCUCCAGCACCGCCAGCCGGCCGAGCUCGAUGACUCAAUGGUCGGAUUGAGCGGUGGAGAAAUCUUCCAUGAGAUGAUGCUUCGCCUGGGUGUGAAGCAUGUCUUCGGUUACCCUGGUGGUGCUAUUCUUCCCGUGUUCGAUGCUAUCUACAACUCAAAACACUUCGACUUCGUCCUCCCCAAGCACGAGCAAGGUGCCGGUCACAUGGCUGAGGGCUAUGCCCGUGCAUCUGGAAAGCCUGGUGUGGUCCUCGUCACCUCCGGUCCUGGUGCAACCAAUGUCAUCACUCCCAUGCAAGAUGCUUUGUCUGACGGCACCCCGAUGGUGGUUUUCUGCGGUCAGGUUGCGACCAGUGCGAUUGGAACCGACUCCUUCCAAGAGGCUGACGUGGUUGGUAUCUCCCGGGCAUGUACCAAGUGGAAUGUGAUGGUGAAAUCUGUCGGCGAGCUGCCUCGCCGGAUUCAAGAGGCGUUUGAGAUCGCGACGACAGGUCGUCCCGGUCCGGUUCUGGUCGACUUGCCCAAGGAUGUCACUGCCGGCAUCCUCCGCAACCCUAUCCCCAUGCACAGCACCAUUCCCUCCCUGCCAAGCGCCGCGACCAUGGCCGCCCAUGACUUGAGCAAGAAGCAGCUGGAGGCCACCAUCAACCGUGUUGCUCGUCUCGUGAAUGUUGCCGAGAAGCCCGUCCUUUACGUCGGCCAGGGUCUCCUCGCUCGUCCUGAUGGCCCCCAGAUUCUGAAGGAGUUCUCGGAUAAGGCUUGCAUCCCGGUUACUACCACUCUGCAGGGUCUCGGUGGAUUCGAUGAGACAGAUCCCAAGGCCCUGCACAUGCUGGGCAUGCACGGGUCUGCCUACGCCAACAUGGCCAUGCAGGAAGCCGAUUUGAUUAUCGCCGUUGGUGCCCGUUUCGACGACCGUGUGACCCUCAACAUUCCCAAGUUCGCCCCGCAGGCUAAGCAGGCUGCCGCCGAAGGCCGUGGUGGUAUUGUGCACUUUGAGAUCAUCCCCAAGAACAUCAACAAGGUUGUCCAGGCCACCGAGGCCGUUGAGGGUGACUGCGCCGAUAACCUCCGUCUGCUGCUGCCCCAGGUCACGCAUGUGCCUGAGCGCCCCGAAUGGUUCGAGCAGAUCAAUGACUGGAAGGCCCGUUUCCCCCUGUCGCUCUAUGAGCGCCAGACUGAUGACGGCCCGAUCAAGCCCCAGUCUGUGAUCGAGAAGCUCAGUGAGCUUACCGCCCACAUGAAGGAGAAGACCAUCAUUACUACUGGUGUGGGCCAGCACCAGAUGUGGGCCGCCCAGCACUUCCGCUGGCGCCACCCACGAACCAUGAUCACCUCAGGUGGUCUUGGUACUAUGGGUUACGGUCUUCCCUCAGCCAUUGGUGCUAAGGUGGCCCGUCCCGACUGUCUGGUUGUUGACAUUGAUGGUGACGCUUCGUUCAACAUGACCCUGACCGAGCUCUCCACUGCUGCCCAGUUCAACAUUGGUGUCAAGGUUCUUCUCCUCAACAACGAGGAGCAGGGCAUGGUGACACAAUGGCAAAAUCUGUUCUACGAGGACCGGUACUCGCACACCCACCAGCAGAACCCCGACUUCGUUCCUCUCGCCCGCUCCAUGCGUGUCGCCGCCGAGCGGGUCUCAAGAACUGCAGAUGUUGAGAGCAAGCUGAAGUGGCUGAUUGAGCAGGAUGGCCCUGCCCUGUUGGAGGUCAUCACUGACCGCAAAGUUCCUGUCCUCCCCAUGGUGCCGACUGGUCUGGGUCUGCACGAGUUCCUGGUCUAUGAUGAAGCCAAGGAGCAGGAGCGCAAGGCCCUGAUGCGGAAGCGGAACGUGGACUUCGAAGUCAACCACCGUGAUUAA